AUGAUUGCAGCUCCAGAAAUACCAGCUGUUGCUGAUGCGUAUCAGCUUCCAAGUAUAUCUUCUACAUCGCGAGAUGUGACAAUCGCGCCUCAUCAUGGCCGCUCGGGGUCAGAGCUUGGAGCAAUGAUGAUUGACGAACAGCAACCAUAUUUCGGGUGGAAUGAGGUUACAACAGACCAAGCGCCUCACAGGGCCAAUAUAGCGUUUGACCCUGUUCCCAAGGAUAUGCUGCAAAUGUGGUUGGAGCCUCAUCUAGUCAUGUCUCCGGGCCAACAGACUCGGCAUUCAGUCGAUAGCGCCAAAUCAAACAGUGACAAUAUCCCCACUGAACGGUUUUAUAAGGUCCAGCGGUGCUGGCCUGCACCAAUCGACAGUGGACGACUCAUCAAUAGUCUAUGGCGAGAUAUUGCGUUUUCGGUAGAGGACAAUGUUUUCUCCGUUCAAUCAUUACAUCUUCCCAAUGAGGCGACGUUCACUCAAGGAUCACGAUGUGGAUUGGACGAGGACUGCAGAAGACGAUUACAAGCGGUAUUUGGCCAGAGGUCGUCAAUAUAUCCGCACAUGCAGUCUCCAAACAAUGGCGGCAUUUCCCCAGUUACGCCUGUCUCGGCUUUGAACCCUUUACCCGAUUUCCCGCCUGCUGAGAUCUUGGAUAUGGCGCUCGACCUGUAUUUCCGCAUCUUACUUGUUCCUUUCGUUCACUUGCCGACAUUUUCAGCGAGAAAGACGCGACCCUCGCUUUUAUAUGUCAUGAUUCUAAUCGGCAUGACAUUGCUUGACACUAAAGGGACAACGGAUUUUGUCUCUCGCAAUUUCACGAGUGUCUUAGAGCAGGUAACAGGGGAGUUUUCUAGAUGCACUAUCGGGCCUGAGAAUGCCUCAGACACUAUGACCCCUUUUGCGACAGCCUUGCUAUUCCUACAUCUUCCUCUUUUGACAGGAGAGAAAGAGCAUCUAGAACAAUGCCAACCAUUAUACGUGAACGUCAUGACCGUAGCACAAAGACACGGCCUCUUUGCCGGGGGGCAGAUCCUCGACAUGAGCCUAUUCGAAAGAUUUGCCGAUCUCGAUAUGAGAUGGAAAGCAUGGAGCAAAGUUGAAUCAACUAAAAGGAUCAUCAUAGGGCUUAUCCUCCUCGACUCGUGCUACUCAUCCUUCCUCUCAACAAGCCCAAUAACAAACCCCGACACAAUUCAACUCAUUCUCCCAUGCGGCGAAGACCUCUUCAACGCUCAUUCCUCCCACCGCUGGACACAACUUAUCCGCUGCGGAAAACGUAUCCUUUCUUCUACAAUCAACGCGCCAUCUGAAAAUACCAACAUCCCUAACCUCGAAACCCCGACUGAAGACUUUUGCAUCCAAGCCAUCCUCGCAACCGUCCAAAUACGCCAGUCAGAAGCUUAUCACCGCCUCCUUUCUAACAGGGCCAGCUACCCCUUUGCACCAUGUCACACAUACGCCAUGGAUGGCCGGGCAAGAUGUCUCCCCUCUCUUCAGUCCCAACUUAUCACGAACUAUGGGGAAUCGCUCGACAGGUUGAGCCCUAAUGCUCUCAUCAUGUGGCAUCACAUGUGCAUGAUGUUAACAGCCGAUAUCCAAAUCUUCGAUCUAGCGGCAGGUCGUGCAGGCCCAGGUCCAGCGCGCAAAGCCCUCGACCAAAUCGCCGAGUGGGCACAGACCCCAGCAGCCAGACGAGCUUGUUUGCAUGCUGCGCAUAUCUAUAAAGCGAUGACGAACCGCAAAGCCUCUGACCAUCCUACCUUCCACUCUCUCUUCUCUUGUUUCUCUGCUGCGUUAGUACUGGGUCUCUACACAUUUAUGGUUCCAGACUCUGCAAAUGCGACAAGUAUUGGCUCUGUGGAACUGAUGGAUGAUGUUGACUGGUGCUCUCUGGGUACAGAAGGCUUUACGAGUUUCAUGGAACCUAGAGGCAGUCAGAGUUUCGCUCCUACAGAUGAUCCAGCUGUGAACUUCAUUCGAAAUGGGUCGACUGUUUACUUGCGAGGCACAUCUUUUCAUGGCGGAUAUCAAUCUGCAAGGCGGGUUCUUCUUGACUAUGCUUCUCUUCUGAAGGAUUCUGGAAAGUGGAGUGUGAAAAAAUUCUCGCAUAUUCUGUUCAUCAUGAGUGAUGUUCUUAUGGACCUAGAGUGA